AUGCGGAUUUCUCGUUCACAAAUUACCCUAAUCGCCUUGGGCUUUCUACCCGCGCAUGUUUUCGCAGCAGACACCCUCAGCACAAACGGCAUCUCAACUUGUCUGACGGGCGCAGAAGUACAGGUUCAGAAGUUAGACGUUACUUACACACGUUCUACUAGGGUGGUUGUUUUUGAUGUUUCCGGAACAAAUGAGAAACAGCAGAAUGUCACCGCGACUUUGUCGGUUUAUGCCUAUGGCAAUGAAGUGUAUAGCAAGGCAUUUGACCCCUGUGGUUCUGAGAAUCAUGUUGAGAGGCUCUGCCCUGUCCCCUCCGGCACCUUUCAAGCGACUGGUUCGCAAGAAAUCCCGGAGUCCUUCGCUAGCCAGAUUCCUGCGAUAGCUUUUGCCAUUCCUGACCUGGAUGGGCAAGUGAAACUGGAGCUUAAAUCCAAGGAAGAUACCCAUGACGUUGCUUGUAUUGCAACCCACCUGUCAAACGGAAAGUCAGCACAAAUGCCAAGUGUUACUUAUGCAGCUGCCGGUGUAGCAGGAGCCGCUCUGGCAAUGAGCGGCCUGUCUAUCAUAGGUGCUGCUGGUCAUCCCGGGGCAGCUUCAUCUAGUCCAGGUUUUGGUGAUGUCAUGGGAUGGUUCCAUAGCAUGGCUACAAACGGCAUGCUCAGUGUCAAUUACCCCGCGGUGUAUCGCAGUUUCACAAAGAAUUUCGCCUUUAGCACCGGUUUAAUACCAUGGGGCCAAAUGCAACAAUCUAUCGAUGAUUUCAGAAAGUCCACCGGCGGAAACCUCACGGAGAACAGUUACAACUUCCUUCGCAAUGCUACACUCGAAUUUUCGAACGGGUCGUCCACGGCCACAAGCUCUAAGGCUAAGCGAGGCUUCAAUCUAAUUGUAGGCGUCGCUGACUUGGCCAUACGUGAUGUCUCAACUUCCUAUAGUGCGAAUUCGACGUCUGAUAAUGAGACAAGCGAUACUUCUGUCAAGAAGGUUGUCUCCGGUAUAGAGGCUUGGGCAGAACAACUCACCAUUCCUCAAGCGAACAUAUUCAUGACAUGUUUACUGGUCUUCGCUAUCGUUAUAGCUGCUAUCACGGUGGGAAUAUUGCUUCUCAAAGUUAUCCUCGAACUAUGGGCUCUGUACGGCUCCUUCCCUGCGAAGCUCACGAAUUUUCGCAAGGAUUACUGGGGGCUGCUGGCCAGGACUAUCACUAAUUUGAUUCUCCUUCUCUACGGGAUAUGGGUCUUGUAUUGCGUCUACCAGCUCACUGGCGGAGAUUCAUGGGCCGCAAAAGUAUUGGCGGCUAUCACGCUUGUCAUUUUUACCGGUGUUCUGAUUUUCUUUGGCGUCCGGAUUUGGUAUGUGGCUCGUAAAUACAAGGCAGCUCAGGGUGAUGCCUCUGGAUUGUACGAGGACACAGAGACAUGGCGAAAGUACAGCCUUUUUUACGACAACUACAAAAAGGAUUACUGGUGGCUCUUUGUCCCUGCAAUUCUGUACAUGUUUGCCAAGGGUGUAAUCAUCGCUGCGGGCAAUGGCCAUGGGCUGGUUCAAUCGGCAGGCCAGCUGAUUGUUGAGGCCCUCAUGUUGGCUCUUUUGCUGUGGUACCGGCCGUAUGUUGCCAAAUCGAGUCAGUGGAUCAAUAUAAGCAUACAGGUGGUCCGUGUCUUAUCAGUUGCUUGUGUUUUGAUCUUCGUCGAAGAAUUAGGCCUCUCGCAGACAACUAAGACUGUGACGGGCAUUGUUCUUAUCGUUGUCCAGUCCGCCCUCACUGGAAUAUUAGCCAUCCUCAUUGCUGCUAACGCCAUUAUCCUAUGUGUCCGCGAGAAUCCCCAUGCAAAGCGGAGAAGAGAAGCCAAAAAAAUGAACCGCGAUAUGGACGAUCUGACUCCUUUGGACGCACGGGAGUCGCUCCUCAUGGAGAACCCACCCCGAAAAGAGUACACGGAAAUGAGCAAGUUCAACUUUACCGGUCCUUAUGAGCCCUACCGGGACCAUUACGACCCGAAGGCACGACUGAGCCCUACAGGAAGUACAGAUCGUUUAGUGGAUCCUCCUGGGUACCAUGAAAGUCAACACGGUCGAAGUCCCAGCCCAGAGAGUCGAUAUGCACGUGACAGUCGUGACUCCCCUGAUGGACGUAAACCUACCGCUCCUAGUUAUGGCUUUGCCUAUUGAGCUACCAGAUCAUAGAAGCGAUUUAUGAUACCUUGCUUUCUGCAUACAUCCCCUCCCUUCUUUUUCUUUUUGUUUCUUCACCUUUUCUCUUCCCUUUCAUUCUCAUGUGGGCAUAGACACUCCCUCUUAUUAGGUAUAUCCGAUGAAUUUAGCGCACUUGAUGUUACCCCUUUCCCUUUCGCUGUAUCUUUUUUUCACCUUCCAUUUCGCAUAUAUAUUUAGCUUGAUUUCAGAUCAAUGUCAGCCAUAUACAGAAGUACGUAUUCUUCACAAGAUGCACAAUCAUCCCUUAUGAUAAAUGCAAGGUAUCGUGUUAGAUGGUCUUUAUAGAGGGGCAUGGUUGCGUCCGUGCAGACCCGGACAUUGGACUUGAGGAUUACAUCGCGAAUUCCAAGGGCCAAGAAAAGUGAGAAGGAACCAAAGCAACGUGAUUGACACUAUCCAACUGUAGAAUGAACAUAUCGAGUGUGCAUGUACAGUGAUUUAAACUUCCUAGUAAUAAUGAAACAGGCUGGGUUAUAUCCAGAAUUCCAAUUGAC